GCAGGUAGAGUGGAACGAAAAUAGCACUGGUACAUCCCUCGCUUUCCAUCGACUUGAAGCAGGUCAAGAAAAGGAAAAUAUUCAAAAGCGAAACUCUUGAUUUUUAGCAAAAUAAAACUGUCACCAUGUCAACCGUUACCUUGACGAUGCAAAAGCACGAUCCCCAUCAACCCUGGGGAUUUCGGAUGCAGGGGGGCACGGAUUUUAGCGCACAGCUUUCUAUAAAGAAGGUUCUCCCUAACACCCCAUCAGACGGCUACCUCACCCCCGGGGACGCCAUUGUUGGAAUCAACAACCAAGACGCCAGUAGAAUGACACACGUGCAGGCACAACAGCUGAUCCUGAAUGGCGGUAACGUGCUCCAUCUUACAGUGAGAAAGGGCUAUGUUGGAGGAAUGGACAGCUUUAGGCAUCUUCAGCCGAAAGGCAACGUGAAAUUCUCGCCCUACAACGCAUCAAAACUCGCGAAAUACUAGUGUGAUGUCAAGACACACACAGUCAAACUGUCUCCUCAAGUGUAAAUAGAUCUGGUGAUGAUCAUUGUACAUCAGUUAGGAAAUUUUCUUAUUUAUAAGAUUCAGUAACAGGCGCAAUGUGAUUUCUAAAUCCAGAUUUCGAAAACAUAAACGGAUGGAGAACAACUAGAUGCUGAAAGUCUUAAAGGCACACGAAGGGUGUGGGAUUAAAUUGAAAAGGAAUGUGCCACAGAUGGCCACCAUAGUACCACCUACCGAUAUAGACGUUGUUUAUGUGACUUUUUGAAAUGGUUUGCAUCAUUCAGGUUGGCCUACUGGUAUAAUGUAUACGUAUUUUAGUCGUGCAUGUUGGAUACGUUUUCAUUUAUUCUCUUAGGAGAAGUCACGGUCCUCCUGAAAACCACUUUCGUAUGCAAAACCAACAUGCGUCAGACCCUUCUUGUCCCUUUAACAGCAACGGACUAUUGUAAUUGCGGAGACUGGGAACGACGGAUCACGGCGGGGUCAGGGUGUGGCCGGAGGGGCUCGGUGAAGACACGAAGACAAGACGAAUUCGUCAUAGUGGCCAACUCAAUCUGGUGACAAAGCAGAUUAUUUGUUGGUCAAUCAAUCGUAUUUUGCUUUUUGAUUCUUAGUUUUUCCUUUUUAUAAUUUUUUGCACAGAUCACUGAUUUAAAUUUAUUGUCAGUGCCAUAGGUUGUUUGGACGAACAAAAUAGUCAUAUACGCGCCGAAGAUUCUGCUUCCAGGGACCUCUCUUGGAUAAAUACAUUUCAGUGUUGUAUCAAAGUUAUUCUUGAUUGCAUGCUAUAUAGGGUUCGGGGGAUUGUCGGCGAGAGCUUCGACGGGUUAGUGUUAAAUGAGAUAGUAUAGAGACGCCUAUUGGUCACUUCUCGAAAGUGAAUCACUCCACUCUGCCUCCUGCUGAAUAGCCCUCUAAAACCCGAAAGAACCAGACGUGGACAGCAACCAUAACUCUAUUAUUAUAUGCACCACGGUAUAACUAUGCAAUAAACUAGUAAAUACAAUUU